CCAGCGUGCAUGUUUUGUUUUUGCGGAAGUACAUUACUCAGCUCUAAUAAGUGGUGCUAUUUGGUGUGUGAUUGGAUUAAUGUAAGGUUGGAUUAAGGUGGGGAUUCUAAACCUGACUGAGGACAUCUUUUGAUAGAAAUCCACUGAUGCUUGAGAGGAGGGGGUGUCGCAUUCAUAUUGAGUCGCAUUUUUGGUUAUGGUCCAGUGGUCGCAUUCUUUUGGCGACGCAUUAAUUUCACGGUUUACAAAUAUACCAGUUGAACUAAGAAGCUGCUGCUGCUCCCUAAAAAUGCCCAGGGCACCAAAAGCUGCUGCUAAACGUCCAAGAGCUCCUAAAGGCCACAAGUUAGCCGAAACCUUCCCAAAUGGAGAGAUUUUACAAGAUGUGUUUAAAAAACAGUGGAAACUUGGCCCAGUUAUUGGACAAGGUGGAUUUGGACUCAUCUAUUUAGCUGCUGAAGCUCAGGACUCUGUUGGGAGCACUGCACCGUAUGUUGUGAAAAUUGAACCCAAGGAAAAUGGCCCACUCUUCUGUGAGCUUCACUUCUACCAGAGGGUUUGUAAAAAAGAUUUGUUGGACUCCUGGCUGGGGGGCCACAAGCUGAAGUACCUGGGUAUACCUAAGUACAUUGGUUCUGGCAUGCAUACGUAUAACGGCAAGGAUUAUCGCUUCAUGGUUAUGAAGAGGUUCAGCACCGAUCUACAGAAACUGUUUCAGAUAUCACGAAGAUUUUCUCCGAAGACAGUGCUCUGUCUGGGUAUACGGAUGCUUGACUGUCUGGAGUACCUGCAUGAACACGACUAUGUCCAUGCAGACAUCAAAGCUGGCAACAUUUUGCAAGGAUACAAGAACGGAAAACCUGAAGACAGUGAGGUUUACCUUGUGGACUACGGGCUGGCAAGCAAGUACUGGUUGGACAACAAACACAAGGAGUACAAGGAGGACCCGAAGAGAGCUCAUGACGGAACCGUGGAGUUCACAAGCAGGGAUGCUCACAACGGUGUUGCCCCAUCCCGGCGUGGAGAUGUAGAAAUCCUUGGCUACUGUCUGCUACAGUGGCUGUGUGGCAAGUUACCCUGGGAGGAUAAACUCCAAGACAAAAACUACGUCAGAGAUUCUAAGAUAAAGUACAUGCGUAACAUACCGUCCCUGAUGAAGGCGUGCUGUGGGGAUGGAGAUGCUGCAGAUGCUGUCAGCAGCUACCUCAGCAGCGUCGUGAAGCUAGACUACGAGGAAGAACCUGACUACAACUCUCUGAGACAGGUGCUUCGACGAGGACUGGCCAAGCUAGGGACGAAGGAUGAGUGGACGUUGGAGCUGUCCGAUGUAGCCAUUACCACUCCUAAACCCACAGCAGCCAAGGGAAGAAAAAGGAAAAGUAAUGGAGACAUUCCUGGCAAUGAUGUGACACCAAAGAAGAAAGUAAAAGCAAGUGCACAGCGAAAAGCCGAACCAGCUGCUGCAGUUGCCUCCCCUGCUCAUGGGCGUCGCCUGGCAUCUCCAGCUGUCAAGAAGGCUGGGACACCUAAACCUAAACCUAAAGUCAAAACCAAGGCACAAGGUGCCAGAUCCCCACACAGUGCAAAGAAAACACCAACAAAGAAAACAACAACAAGACGGAGAAAGAAAGUAGUUGCAGCCGAUGCCUCAAUUCAAACCACCCCUGGUCUCAGUCGGAGACGAUAACCUGCCGGUCAUGUAACAGUGAUCAAAGCUGUCUGUAUAUAAUGAUCAAUUGUUAAGGGCACGGUAUCAGGACUGGGACGUGUCCAAAUUUACUACCUGGGAACCAACCCCCCCUAUUUCACCUAACCCUACCCAGGUACCGGCUGUAGAUCACAAGAGAUAGGUACAAAAUGUCCGAUUGGGAAACGUUUGACCAUACUGCUGUCAAAAUGUAUUAAGAUACACAUAUAAACCGAUCUGGUAAGAAAGAAUGGGUGCAUACUCAGAAAGGAGUGCAAAUAUUAGUGACUUGUAGUGUAACCAUAGAGUUCUAAAUAAUUUUUGCCAUUGAACAAUAUCAUCACGUGACUAACCAUGGGACUGUGUAGUCCUGUGGGUACCCGGGUCCGACUCAGUACCAACCUGACCCGAGUAACCCGUCCCAGCCCUAAACAGUAUACUGUUAUGUUGGAUAUUACCUUGAAGAUAAGAGGAGAAUAUGGUGUUGGACAUUUAAAUGCCUAAUACUAGGUAUGCAUUUUAAUUGCAACUUAGUGGUAACUUUCUUUAGAUGUUCACUGUUGUGUUCCCUUGUUUAUUUCCACUAACAGGCUCAAUUUAAGGACUAGUAUACAGUCAUGUCCCGUUAAUCCGACAUAAAUUGUUGCAUAUGUUUAUAUCGGAUCACCAAGUAUGUUGGAUAAACGAAAUUAAGUUCUAUCAGCAUUCGUGAUCGAAAAUCGGUCAACUUCACAAUAGAUAACGAUACAAACACGAUACAAAUGUUCAUAUUGCUAUGUUACAUUGUUUGCGGAAUAUGUUUUCUAAUCAUGCAAACUCUAAAAGCUAAACACAAAACUACGGUUACGCCUGAAUGGUUGAUUCCAAAUAUUUUAAAAAGCAUAAUCUGGAAUGGAAGUCGCCAGUUUGAAACUAGUGCCGCAAACCUCAUGAAAGCUGCUAUUUUAGUGGCUAAUGUCGACUUCAUGUAGUCAUUUCAUUGGUCAGUCAAAGUUCGUGAAAACUCUUCUGACAUUACCUGCAAUGGGUUGUCCUGAGCAGUAGCAAGAACUUGUAUCUGAUUUUAAUGAUAUUGAGGUAAUCUACGCAUGUGAUUACUCCUGUUUUGUUUAUUUAAAGCAUUAAUUGUUUAUUGUUAAGCAAGUUUAUCUCUGCACCCGUAAUAUGUAGCUACUCGUCUCACAUUAAAACAUGGGGCUGUGUACUUGCGGGCAGAUGACCACAGAGUACACUGAUCAUUGUGUUGGAUUAACGAAUCUGAUUGAUGAGUCAUUUCGGUAAUUCGUUACAAAUUAGGUGUUGGAGUGCGAGACUCUCAAAUUUAUCAGGUCUAACAUGUUUAAAUUGCAUUGAUUUAAUCAGUUCCAUCAUUAGUGUCGGAUAAAGCCGAUUGUCGAAUUAACAAGUGUCGGAUUAACGAGACUUGACUGUAUAUGUAUACUGUAAAUCUGGAAAGUUUUGUGAGCGGAAAGUACUGCAAAUACUGAAAGUGACAUGCACUCGUAAUAGUUUCAUGACACAUAUAUAUUUGUCGAUCAACAAAAACACGUAAUGAGGCAUAUUUCUUCUAUUUACUUCUUCGCAUUGUCAACCAUCAAGUUGCAUAAUCAAAUCAAUAAUCCCUCACAUUCUGUCUCCUUAAUUACACUUUGUCACUCAGUGUCAUUCGUCUGAUCUGGAAAGGUCACUGACCUGCUACAUCGUGUCAGUUAGUAGUACUGGGAUGAUACAGUGAUGUAUCAGUGGAUGGCGAUUUUUUACUUCUCGAUACAAGUAUCGAUCACAAUCGCACUCUAAGUAAAAAGUAUCGAUUUUUUACCUUAAGUGUAUUCUUUAAUAAAUGUUACACCAAACACUAAUUACUAGUGAAACUGUAGUGAAAAUGUAAAUAUUUUCAUCCAAUGCGCCAUAUUUCCACUGCCAACUGUAAAUCGUUAGUGUGCCAGGUAUAUGGCCAUCAUGUCUGUAGAAAAGAUGGCUGAAGCACCACAGGUAAGUAUCGUGAUACGUAUUGGAUCGUGAACAAGGUACCAUGAUACGUAUCAGAUCACACAGCUGGUGCAUCGUCCCAGCCCUAUCAGUUAGCUAGCAUAACACUGAGUAGUUCAGACACACGUCAGCCAGUCUAUACUGAUAAACAACACUGACUCUCUAUUUUACCCUUUCAUCAUGCCAUGUCUUACUUACGAAAAAUAACACGUUCAGAAGUAGCUUUGAGUUUUGGUAAUAUCAUUUACAAGGGUCCCCAAAAAAUUGGCUAGUGUUUGACACUCGCAAUAAUUUCCUCGUGUAAAACUUUCCAGAGUUACAGUAUGUAGAUGAAGAAAUGGACACAUGCAGUGAUAGUUUGUAUGUUGUUAAGGCAACAAUAAGUUACUUAUUACUUUUUGAAUCGGAUUGGUUAUUUGAAAUAUUAUGGUUUUUUGUUUGUAUUUAAUGUAGAUGGAUGUGAUUGACAUGAAGUGUAAAUGUUUGGUUGGUCUGUGUUUAAGGUGUUUCCAUCAAGUAAAAUGAAAGAAGGGUAGAUUUUCAUCAUCGGAAGGGACAAUAAUGUGAUGUGAGUUGGGGUGUUUGGUAAUGAGUGGGCAGGGAUGAAAAUCUAAUUUAUUUUGGUCCUACUUUGGUGGGUUGUCCCAGCCAGCGUUGUUCAGAAGAUGUGAUCGGUAAGUCCAGUACUGUGAAUGGUGAAGUUGAGAGAAUAUGAGUAUUGUACCUAGAUAGUAGAUUGCUUAUUUGUUGUUGUCAUAUUUCAUUGGUGUUUUACUAACCCAUAAACUUGAGAGAUGCGAAAUAACUGCCGUUAUAGUAGUAUAUGUUGCAGUUUCGAAAUUAGCAUAAAAGUCAAGGGUUCACAACUCAAAUGUUGACAGUUAAGAUUGAGGAGUUCCCUAUAUUCCAGCUACUUGAUCUCGGUUUAUAUAAUAAUUGAGUCUGGACCAGGCAAUCCAGUGAUUGACAUCAUGAGCAUCGAUCUACACAAUUGGGAUACGAUGACAUGCAUCAACAAAGUCAGCGAGUCUGACCGCCCGAUUCUGUUUGUCACCUCAAGCAUUGGUUUGCUGAAGACAAUUCUAACCCUAUCUUCAGGGGUUUCAGAUACUAUGGGAACAAACCUCAUGGACCCCGUGACCCCGGGACCCCCUUAAAUUCGAUUACCGUGUUGAUUAUUCUGUGUUGGGACCAAGAUUUGUUGUGGACCACUGUGUUCUGAGGUAGAUUCCUCUGACACUGGACAGACUUAGAUACAAGUAAUGAAUGGGUGAGUGAUAAGAUAAUUAAGGUCAAAUAGGUUUUCACUUCAUCUUUCUAGUAAUGUUGUGCUGACAACAUCUUUCAGGGUUUAAUGUCGCAUCCAAGAUUAUUGCAGUUAUAUCGCGACGUGCAUUCACAUGUGUAUAAUCUGUGUACAUUUUCGGUUUGAAAUGGUAGACAAUAUUUUUUCGAGAAACCAGUAGUACAGCUUAAAGAAUUUAUUUUUAAGGUCACUUGAAGUUUGUCGUAAAUAUGCUAUUUACUGUACAUACCAAUGUAUACUAGGAAAAGGAAAGAUGUUUGCUUAAGUUUUUGUUAUGCUUUUCUGCAAUUUGUGUGUACAUUAUCAUGUUUAUCACAAUAACAAACAAAUCAAGUAGUCAUCUGGCAUUGAUUUUAAAUAUUUAUAAACAUGGUGGCUACAUGUUUCUUUUCAAUUUCAGACCUGUUUGAGUUGUGGUAUUUUGAAUACUCCAGGCCAUGUUAAAAGAAUAGUUGAGGAUUGACCGGUCUACAACUUAUAAUAAUAGAAAUUGGCAUCAAUUCUUGAUGUUCUGCUGAAUAGCCUUUUCAUUAUAAACAAAUAAAGGCCAUGGGAAAUAAACAGGAAGCUGCUAUUCAGAAUCUUAGAAUUUUGAGUCUUUUCAUGUUAGAACAGAAACUAAUGUUAUUGUUUAUAUAUAUGAAACAAUUGUGUUUGUCAUACUGAAGUGAUGUAAUAUGUCAGUUGCAUGCAGUUCAUAUGUUGUGAGUGUAUUGUUAGAAUUGUUUAUUUUAUCUUUCAUUGUCUUCAAUGUGAUUACAAUGCUUCAUCUGAGGACAAUAAUGCAGGAUAUUUUGGAUUGGCAGCAAAAGUUUUUAUUUUGAAACUUGGGAACAAACUCAAUAACUAUCUAUGAUACUUUUCUACAAUGACUAACUUUUGUGAAUUGUGAAAUUACAAAUAUUUACAUCCAUGUCCAUUUGUUAUGUUCUGAUGUCUGAUUACCAUUCUAAAUUUCUUGUUCAUGUUUUUUUAAUGGAAGCUGCCUUAUGUUGCUUCUGAUCACCGAUGUAGUUCUGUCAUAGUAUGCUUUUCACUGUAAAUAAACCAUUUUCACUCAU